AGUAAAUGUAAAAACAAUCACUCUGGAUAAUAAGCUCAAGUUUGGGAUGAGAACAAACUACUUUUGAAUACAUAAUAUAUGACCGGAAAACAGAAUGUUGAAAAUUUUCUAUCUAAAUUUCGUGAUCCACAAACUCAUCGUUUUCAUUCAGUUACUGCAUUAGACUUUCUUAAAUGUUGGCAACAUUACGAUACAGAUGGAAAUGGUUAUUUAGAAGGUGAAGAAUUAAAUGGGUUCCUUCGAGAAUUCAUCACUAGUGUAAUACCUGAUGAAAUUGGCAGUGAAAUAAUAUCGGAAACAGCAAUGCAACAAUUGAUGACAGAAGUUAUGGAUGCAUACGAUGAAAAUAAUGAUGGACGUAUUGAUAUUAAUGAAUUAUGUCAAAUAUUACCUACUGAAGAAACAUUUUUAGCUUUAUUUCAAAUAGAUACACCAUUAUCUUCCAGUGUGGAAUUUAUGCGUGUAUGGAAACAAUUCGAUACAGAUUUAAGUGGUUCAAUUGAUUCAAAUGAAUUAAAAAAUUUCUUAAAACAUUUAAUUGUUAUUUCAAAAGUUGAAGUAACAGAUGAAAAAUUAGAUGAAUAUACAGAAACAUUAAUCAGAUUAUUUGAUCGUAAUGGAGAUGGUAAGUUACAAUUAAGUGAAAUGGCUAGAUUAUUACGAGUAAAAGAGAAUUAUCUUAUUAAACCAUUAUUUAAUAAUAAUAAUUGUUUAGAUGAUAGAACAAUUGAUAGAAUAUUUCGAAAAUAUGAUACUGAUAGUAAUGGUGUAUUAGAAAAUGAAGAAUUAAUGGGAUUUUUAAAAGAUUUAUUAGAAGCUAAUGGUGAAGAAGUGAAUGAAGAAGGUUUAAAAAUUAUGAAAGAAGGUAUUUUAAAACAAUGGGAUAUUAAUAAAGAUGGUAAAAUUGGUCGACAAGAAAUUAAUGAUUUAAUUUUACAAACAGUUCAUAUAUUACAAGAAAAAGAACAUUUAAAAAAAGUCAAUAAUUUAUAAAUAAACUAGUUAACAAUUGUUUUAUUGUUUCUCUUCUUUUUACUUUACUUUCUAUUCAUUAAGAUUAAU